AUAAAGGGGUGGGGAGACGUAAUCAGGAAGUGACAUAUUCAAGAAUCUCUGAGAAUCUAAAAGCCGAAGUGUUUCUUUUAGUCAUUCAGAGGUACGGCCCUGAAACACACACACGAUUAGAGAUAGAGGGAGGAGUAUCGCUGCGUACAUUCAGCGCAGACCAAAGCGACUCUCAGUCCAUCGCUGGAUAUCCAAGCCAGAUGUUCAACCGGACCACACGUGUGCCUUCACCUUACCCAGAUUCAAGUUUUGCUUCGUUCAUCAACGUGCCAGAUGUCUAUCGCCUGUAUCCAGAGUUUCCCAUGGACAGAGCGACGAUGGGUCCAGUAUUCCCGCCUCUGCAGCACAGUGUGACGCCCCCAAGCGUGCCAACAAAACAGGAGAAGUGUUACGACCCUUGUGACCAAACACUUAAAUUUGUUGAUGGAGAGGAUGAUUUGGACUUUUUGUGUGAAGGCUUCAAAUCUCUCAGAGCUCAGAUGUCCUGUGGUCACGCUGUGACCCCGACCUCUCUCACCAACUGGUGUCGCAGGUUGUUGGAGCAGGGUGAAAGCAGGUUUGUGUGUGGUGGGUCUGGCUGUGGUGCUGAGUGGACUUUGGCAGAGGUUUGUAAAAUGGCUCUUCUGGACCCUCAAGAAAGGCAGUACUUUCAAAACACCAUGGAAUUUAACGCUGGCAGGCAGACACUUACUACUAAGUUUUGUCCUGGAUGUGGAUCUGCUGUGACGAGAGAGAAUGGAUCCGAUUUGAAUGUCCUCUGUAAAGUGUGCACAGCAGUAAAAGGACGGCUGUUUGAGUUCUGCUGGCAGUGUUUGAGGGAGUGGAAGGGUGCACGGCCUCGGAAAGACCGCUGUGAAAAUGGUGGCUGCUGCAACCCAUCACUAGAAACAUUAGAAAAAUGCCCAAAUAUCACAUUGUGUCAGUAUGAGUAUGAGGAUGAGGAUGGCGAUGAGGAUGAGGAUGGCGAUGACGAUGAGGAUGACGAUGAGGAUGGCGAUGAGGAUGAGGAUGGCGAUGAGGAUGAGGAUGGCGAUGACAAUGAGGAUGGCGAUGAGGAUGGGAAUGAGGAUGACGAUGACGAUGAGGAUGGCGAUGACGAUGAGGAUGAGGAUGAGUGUGAUUCUGGAGUCCGUGUGUGUCCCUCUGUCCGUGCCUGUCCCACCUGUGGUUUGCUGUUGGAGCACAGCAAGAAGUAUUGCCCAUCAGUUGAUUGCCCUCGAUGUAGUGUGACGUUUUGUUUUGUGUGUCUGAAGCGUUCUGGCAAAUGUCAGGUGACCCGGUGCAUUCCUGCCCCCAGACAGACCUCUAUACCUGUCUGGCAAAAGAAAUAAUGGGAAAGAAACACUGCUGUUAAGUUUCACUUUAUUUUUAUUGAGAGUGUCUUUUCUAAAUAAAUUCACUAUGUUGUGUUUUAAAUUCUCUGCUUUGAAAAACAUCAGGCUAUAAACAAAAAUUAUUGUGUUAUAUUAGUGAGAAAUUUACUACCAAAUAUGAUCUUUUCAGAUGUGUUAUGCUGAACUGUAAUGAUAAAUCUGAUAAAUGUCAUUCAUUUAUAAAUUUAGAAUAGGGUUAAACAUUCUGUGUGCACAUGCUGUCCUCUGGUUACUUACAGAUUUAACCUGUGACAUCUCAUUUCCACACAUUUUGUUUGUAGUCCUAGCUACAUGAUAAGUUGUUUAGAGCAAAUGUUUUUUUUUAAAGUAGUUUAAUCAACGUCAAUGUUUAAAUGUAAAUAAAAAUGUAUCUGUGGGGAAGGAAAGCCAGCAAAACACUGUUCAAUGAAAUCCUGUGGAUUUUUAUUUAUUCCUUAGAUCCUGUAAGUGAACACUGUCAUGUAAAAUGUGAUAUUUCAUUAUACAUUAUUUUAAAAUGGUAGAAAUGGACAGCUAAAUUAUUACAGUAACUGAGUUAAAAUACAGAUAUUUUCAUUAUUGUUAGGUUACUCAUACAGUCUCAGUAGGAGAAGGCUUCACCACUUUGUGGUGUUGAGUUGGCGAGUGCAGGUAAACCUGUUUUCAUUCUUUGUUUUUGAUUUCUAGUGAAACAUUUUAUA